GUGUGACGAAUGAAAACGAAUAUAUCCGAAUUGAACCGAAAAUUAUCAUCACCGUGGGAUCAGCGACAAGAAACAAAUUUGUAGCAUUCAUCAGCAUUCACACUUAAGUUUUCGCUACACUUUGUUGCUUCUACUAUACAACAAUACACUCAUACUAAGAUAUAUACAUAUACAUACAUAUACAUAGUUGCGUUGAUACAUAUUUCGUAUAUUAACACGAUUAUAUCAAUACUAAUUAUUAAUUUAUAAAUCAAUAUACUUUUAUAAAAUAAAAAUAAUAAAAUAAUUUCUGUUUCAUUGAUCAGCAUCCGUUCACUUUCUGCUGGAUUCUUAGUUGAAAAUAAAAAGGAGAUACUGAGACAUUAAUAAUGGCUGGGGAACAGCAACAAUUUUUCCUCAAGUGGAAUGACUUCCAAUCUAAUAUGGUAUCGUCGUUCAAGCAUUUGCGAGAUGAAAAAAGUUUUACAGAUGUAACAUUAGCAUGUGAUGGGCAAACUUGUAGAGCGCAUAAGAUGGUACUAUCGGCAUGUAGUCCCUACUUCAAAUCUUUACUUGAGGAAAAUCCGUCCAAGCAUCCUAUAAUUAUAUUGAAAGAUGUAGCUUACAAUCACUUACAAGCUAUUCUUGAAUUUAUGUAUGCCGGAGAGGUGAAUGUUUCUCAAGACCAAUUACCAGCAUUUUUAAAGACAGCGGAUCGACUUAAAGUUAAGGGACUAGCUGAAGCGCCUGGUGCCAUUAAAAGGGAGGGCUAAAACUGCCAAUAUUUAGUUAUGAUGUUAUUAGAAGAGUGCGAAGUGAAAAAGUGUAAUGAAUGAAUACAAACGAAGUGAUUGGAUAAAUAAAUUGGAGCGCAAAAACAUACAUAGACACAAUACACAUAAACGUUAAUAACAUCACCUUUGAUUCAAAAAAAUAAAAUAAUAAUAAUAAGUAAAAUAAUAAACAUAAAAACUAUAAUAAUUUCAUAUUCUUAAUUUUAUUUAUUUUAUUAAAUUUUUUUUUCCAUUUAUUCUAUUAAAGAUUGAACCAUAAAUCAUUGUUGAUAUAUUUAAUUUAAAAGUAAUGACUGAAAAUAAAAAAUAAAAUAAAAAUGUUAUUGAAUUAAA